AUGGGGCCUUUUGUCUCUUCUUGUGGAAAUCUUUAUAUCUUGGUGGCGGUGGACUAUGUGACUAAGUGGAUUGAAGCUAUACCCUCCCCCACCAACGAUAACAAGGUUGUGCUCAAGCUUCUUAAGAAGAUCAUAUUCCCGCGAUUUAGGGUUCCUAGAUUUCUAAUCAGCGAUGGUGGGUCUCAUUUUGCUAAGAAAAAACUCGAGAUUCUUCUCAAAAGAUAUGGGGUUCAUCACAAGGUUGGUCUCCUUUACCACCCUCAAACUCAAGGGCAAGUAGAGGUAUCCAAUAGAGAGAUCAAAAACCUUCUUGAGAGGAUGGUGAACAAGUCUGGAAAAUAUUGGUCUCUCAAGCUCGAUGACACGCUUUGGGCUCUAAGGACAGUAUACAAAACCCCCAUUGGCACGACCCCCUACCGAUUGGUCUAUGGGAAGGCUUGUCAUUUGCCGAUUGAGUUGGAAUAUAAGGCUUGGUGGGCGAUCAAAGAGCUUAACAUGGACAUGUGCUUGGCGGGUGAGAAAAUAUUGCUUAAGCUAAAUGAAUUUGAGGAGCUCCGGUAUGAUGCUUACGAGAACUCGAGGCUCUACAAGGAGAGGACUAAGAGAUGGCACGACCAACAUAUAAGGAACAAGAGCUUCAAGGUUGGAGACAAGGUGUUGUUGUUCAACACUAGGCUUCGAUUGUUUCCUUGA